GAGAUCAUCAAUCAAGCUUUGGAGAAGCUGGAAGAAAUGCAGGUCCCGAUGCCGGAUUAGGCCCUGAAAUCAGCAGGUGCUGUGACAUUGUACAAACAAACCAGUUCCAAGGCGCUUCCUCUCCAAAUUGACAAGAUGGGCAUUGGAACAUGCCCAGGGGUAGGAGAGAAGGGGCGAGAAGUCACGGGUCACCUCGUGCCCUAAAAGUGCCCCCACUGACAGAGCCUGUAAUGGGCCAGACCCCAUGGGAAGAACAGAGAGCCUGGUUCACAUUCUUGCCUAUUUCCACGGCCAAAUACAGCAGUUUGAUGACUCCCUGCUGUGUGUUCCAGAGGGGUCGUGCCAGCAAGACAAAGGGGAACCCACUGUAGGACAUGGAUGACAACUGAGAAGCCUUUUUCAAGUCAACAGUGCAAUAUUCCUCGUGACACUGCCUGGUGAUCACGCUCAUGUUUGAAUUUCCAGGGGCAGCCGUCAUUCAGUCCAGGACUUUUCCAUCCCUCCGGACUGCCAAAGCAAAGGUGUUCUGGUACUCCCUGCCGGUGAUGGAUUACAUGAGGUCUCCUGAGCUGAUUCUGGAGCCGGACAAUCAUCGUGGCAACUGCUGGCCCUUCCCAGGGAGUCAGGGACACGUCUUCAUCAAGCUGUCCAUGCCGGUCAUUCCGAGAGCUGUCACCAUGGCCCAUGUCUCAGGGACAGCGUUCCAUGGAGAAAGCAUCUCCGGAGCACCCAAGGACUUUGCUGUCUAUGGCUUCAAGGAAGAACACGAGGAGCAGGGAACGUUCCUGGGACAGUUCACUUUCCUGGCGACGCGGAAUCCAAGUCAGACCUUCCAUCUGAAGGUAUGGAGACACAGAGGGAGGAGAACUGCAGGAGAGGAGGAGAAACACGGUUGGAUGGGGAGAGGCUUCCCUGACACAGGGUACAGGCAGUCCUGUCCUUGAGCGAGUGCCACGCUGCCUUUCUUCUGCUUCAACUUCCUGGUGGUGGAUGGCUGGACUGCCGUCUUCUCAUUCAUUUUGUGUUUAAACUUCAGUGCUUAGAAGCGCCACAGUUGAAGCUGGAAUCAGCUUGACUGUCUGGACCCCAAGUGCACACAAGCGGCCGCAUCCUGUAGGAUGCAGGACUGCUGGUCUGCCAGUUAAGAGACCAGAAAUACUGGACUUCCUGAGGGUUCUGUUGGUGCUGGCAGUGAGUAGUGACAGGGAGGCCAUUCUGUUUCCAUGGCUUUCUAGAGAAGGCAAUGAAAUGUUAUACUGACCCCAGCACUGGGUCUUCUGAAUGUGGAAGCCUGUGCCCCAAAGCAGGUGAGAACUUUCCAGUGUAUUUGCUGAGGCAUCUGGUAGCUGCUUCUUCCUUUGCUGUUCUCGUGGCCCAAUGGGGUAGAGCAGGAUAAGAACGUCUGGAACAUGACAGCUCAAAAGCCCCCGCGGGGCAGUAGGAAGGAAGCUGCUGAUCGAGGCUGUGUCAAUUCCUGUAUCUGGGAUGCUGUAUCUGGGAUGCUGUAUCUGGGAUGCUGUAUCUGGGAUGCUGUAUCUGGGAUGCUGUAUCCAGGAUGCUGUAUCUGUGAUGUUCUAUCCGGGACCCUGUAGCUAGGAUGCUGUAUCUGGCAUACUGUGUCUCGGAUGCUGUAUCUAGGGUUCCCUAUCGGGAUGCUGUAUCGGGGAUGCUGUGUCUGGGAUGCUGGAUCCGGGAUGCUGGAUCUGUGGUGUUCUAUCUGGGAUCUGUAUCUCGGAUGCUGUAUCUGGGUUUCCCUAUCUGGGAUGCUGUACCUGGGAUGCUGAUUCUGGGAUGCUGUAUCCUGGAUGCUGUAUCUAGGAUGCUGUAUCCUGGAUGCUGUAUCUGAGAUGCGGUAUUUGGGAUGCUGUAUCUGCAAUGCUUUAUCUGGGAUGCUUUAUCUGGGAUGGUGUAUCCUGGAUGCUGUAUCUAGGAUGAUGUAUCUAGGAU